UUCCCUGACGUCGAGCUGGUUAGUCACUGCAUUACUGGAUCGUAACUGGGUCAUUUGUGGAGAAUUUCGGACUUGAAUUUCAUUAAACCUUGGUGAUUUACUGGAACGAGUGCCCUGAUGUAGGGCUUGCAUCUGAAUUAUGGCGAAAAGUACCAAGUCAGGUGCCAGAUACGAGAAUGGGAGAGUAGAAGUGAAAAGCAAGUUCGAUGCUGAGUUUCGGAGAUUCUGUGUGAGUCGUGACCCAGUUAAUGGAUUUGAGGAGUUUCAGUCCCGGGUGGAGAAACUCCAUCAGUUGGAAGACAUUCCAUUUGUGAUCAACUACACAGACCCCGUCCAUGGAGACCUCCUCCCGAUCAACAACGACAUCAACUUCUCCAAGGCAGUCACGACAGCAAAGCCACUACUUCGACUUCUGCUGCAACGCAAAGGUGAGAGCUAUGGUGAAGCAAAUGGCUAUGGAACCCUCCCAGUGAAGAGGAGGAAUCCUAUCUCAAAGUUAAUAAAAGAGGAGACCCAGCCCAAGCCUAGGAUUAGUAUUGGAAUGCCUGAGGACUUCCGGAGAGUGUCUGCCAUUAUUGAUGUGGAUAUUGUGCCUGAAACACUUCGUAGGGUAAAACUGAUGAAAAACGGUUCUGAUAAACCUCUUGGUUUCUAUAUUCGUGAUGGUACAACAGUGCGGGUAACAUCACACGGACUCGAAAAAGUACCUGGAAUAUUUAUAUCGAGGCUAGUUCCUGGCGGGCUUGCUGAGAGCACUGGACUACUGGCAGUUAAUGACGAAGUUCUAGAAGUGAACGGAAUUGAAGUUUCAGGGAAAACUCUUGACCAGGUGACAGACAUGAUGGUGGCAAAUAGUGCAAAUUUGAUAAUUACUGUGAAACCUGUUAAUCAGAGAAUGACACUCGGGAACCAGCGUGGAGCGCCGGGAAGACAUUCCCAGAUGUCUUCAACAUCACAGCACUCGUAUCGCUCCUCCAAAUCAUUUGACAGUGACACAGUUAUUGAACACGACGAAGAGGAUGAAGUUCAUGAUCAUCUUAGUAAACCGGAAAAAGAAAAAUCGGACAAAGACAGUGCUGUUGUGACAUUGUAACAAAUGUAUUGCGUUGGUCGGAGUGGUUUGUAAUACAGCCAUGUUGUGCUUGUACAGUCGAGACCCUGUUCCAGAAACCUAUCUCUGCACUAAGAUGAUCGUAACUCCUCUUACUGCUAAGAUCCAUUUGUGGAUUGGGGCCAGGGCAUUGUUCCACGAAGUGAUCUUGCAGCUGGGCUGAUUGUAGACACCAUACAAAAACACAGGCUAAUGAUUAUCAUGGUGCUUACAUGGUGUUGUGGAACAGGGUCCGGAAUGGAAUCUUCUUGCUGCAAUUAUCCAGUUGUGAAACGACACUAGCUACAUUACCUCUAUAAAACUAUUGCAUGGCGUAUCCACGAUGCUUCACAUUGGCAUUUUGCACUCUGGUGUGAACAGAGAAUUCCAGCAACUUUUCAUUCAUCAUAAAAAGAGAAUAUAAUUAUUAUGCUUUGAUGAUGUACAGGCAUCAGGUAGCCUUGUGGAUCAGGUGUUUACUUGUCAUGUUUAAAGACCCAGGUUUAGCUUCCACAUCCCACAGCAUGUGCCUGGUGUUCCUUGUUGUCGCAGGUCUGGAAUAUUGCAGCGUAAAACUGUUAACUUUCUUGCUUGUUUUAAAGCAUUUAAACACAUUGCUUAAGUCAAACUGUCUUUUCUCUGGAAUAUUUGUGGAUUAAGGUGGAUACCGUUUUGAACUGACAGGAAAACUCUGUAAAAUCCUCAAGAAGGCACAAUUUGCUUUGUCAGCAAAUUUCUUUGGGGAACUGGGAUUGGUAAAGUUUGACAUUUGCAUUGGAAAGAAACUGGCAACAAUCUGUUGAUUGUGUGUACCAGAAUUUCUUCUGAGUUUAUGGGUAUAUUUUAUUUGUGCUUCCUGCAGUUUUUGGCCACUUGCUGGUGACAAGUGUAACGUGUUUCAGGACAAUAGGUGAUGUUCUUUUCUUCCACAAGCUGACACACAGCAGGCUAGCUCUAUAUUUAUACAUGUGUCUGUCCAUAGUAAGUCUGUUUAUACAGUUAUGAAGAUGUUCAAAAUAAGCAUAGACUGUGCCACAAACAUUUAAAAAUGCAAAACUGUCUAUUGCGCAAAUAUUUGAUUUUAAUUGGUUGGUUGGUUUGUUGUUUAACGCUGCACUCAGCAAUAUUCCUGUUAUAUGGCGACGUUCUGUAAAUAAUGGAGUCUGGACCAGACAAUCCAGUGAUUAACUACAAGUAUUUGAGUCUGCUAAACUGUCUAAGGCACAAAUAUUUUAGUACGCUAAAGUGUCUGGUGCAAACUUCUAAGUCCACUAAACUGCCUAUGUCACAAACAUUUGAGUAUGCGGAACUGCCUUUGACACAUUGUAGCCUUUCUAAACCUAUGGACUAAUAUUAGCCUUUAUUUUAAAAAUGAAAAAGAAUUAAAGACUCUCUUUUAGCUAAAAUUUGUCAAUAGUGAAAGUCCUAAUAGCUUUAAGAUAGAUAAUAUUACCUCACUGCCAGAAGCUACUAAGUCGUCUGAUUGUAAAAACUGUUGCACAGGUUGUGUUUGUUUAAGUGGAAAAAAGUAUUUUAAACAGUUUAUAUAAGAUGUUAUGACAGAUUCUUAUUUUCCUAGUUCAAAGUUGCACCUUGUUAUUGCACCUGGGGACCUGCACAGUCAUUUUUAUGUCACGUUCACUGUCAGUAGCAGUGUGUUGAAAAAUAUUUUCAGCGGUAGGUAUAGAAUACUUUAAGUGACAUAAGUAUAUAUAAAUGCUUAGGGCUGGCUGCUGAUAUAGAUCCUAGAGAUUGAUAGUCGUUGACUUAAUUUUGAUCGAUUAUUGAUAAAUAUUGGAUUGAGGUGAAAUGGUAUGCUCUUACCACAGUACAGUUCGUAUUGCGGUACAAAGCCUUCGAUUCGGUCCGUUUCGGUUCGGUAUGUGAGAUAUGAUCUUAAUGCAGAAAAUUGACAAGAGCCAAACCUAACAUUGUUUAAUAAAAUGG